UCCCGUCAACACAGCUCGCUAAAAAUGAGGACCGCAGUUAUUUGUUUAGCUAUUUUCGUGGCUGGCAUUGGGGCUCAGGAUACAAAGCCACAAGUUCCAAUAGAUAUUCUGCCGCCUGAAGAAAUAACAACAACCACCACAACCAAAAAACCAACAAUUCCAACAACAGAAUCCAGCACGACUACAACAACAGAGUCCACCACAACUUCAACAACUGAACCGACCACAACUUCCACUACAACUACAACAACAGAGUCCACUACAACGGAACCCACAACAACUUUCACCACAACUACAACAAGAGAAACCACUAAAUUUUCAACAACUAAGCCCACAACAACUUCAACAACGGAGUCCACUACAACUACAACCACAAAACCCACUACAAAACCUCCAGUCGUGCGACCCACGAGUUCAUGGCGUCCCACUUAUACCGUCGUGCAGCCAUCGAGCCGGAGACAGCGGGAAGAAAAUUGUUAUCUAAAAAAUCAGCAGGACUAUACUAGGACUUGUUACGGUUGGCGGCGGAGGACAAACUGUUAUCGCUGCUGCUCCUAUGACACCGGAACCGCCGGAUGCAUUAGACUUCACAAGGGAAAGUGUUCAUGUUAUGAUUAUAAUCGACAUUGAUAAUACCGAUGUUAGGCCAACAACAGACGCCAACACAUCUUCAGCAACAGAACAAAGCACAACUUUAAACCUAAACUUUAACUUUAACUUUAUCAACUAAACCCACUACAACUAAAACAACAGAACCCACCACAACUUCAGCAACAGAAAGGGAACCAAUAUUUUCGACCUAUGUGGAACCCACAUACCCC